GCCAUUUGCUGAAGAAGACAAUGUAACUUUGAGCACUUUGGAGCCCAUUAAAAGUGGAGCCGAGGACCAAGAUGCAAUCUGGUUAAACAGUAACUUUUCACAAGAGCCUAAUCAGUUGGCAAGCACGAGUGUCGGUGGCGUUCGCUUAGACCGACAGCAGACUUUCGAGAUUGAAGAGAUUAAUUUCGAAAAUGUUGUGCUAGAGAAUGCUGACGACAUAACAAUGGACGACGGCCAUAUGGAUAAUCGUAAUGCACAUGGUUUCCCUGUGAGUAAUACGGGUGAUGUGAGUGCAGACGUUAAUGGUAGUGAAGAGGACGGCAACGAAACGGAUAACGGCGAAGACGACGAAACGAAUCGGUUCUUAGCCGGUGUUGUUGAUGCGGCAAACGAAGACGAGAUUUACGAUUGGGACGAGAUAUCGCGUAAUAAUCGUCGAAAUUUGAUGCGCGGUCGCGAUGUCGUAACGAAGUUCUUGCAAAUCGUUGAAACACAACAUUUGCUCGGUGCUAAUUGUGAGGCGGGUACGUCGUUAAAUUUAGGCGAAGGCGUGGUCGAUCGUUACGCGCAGGAUCGAUUUCGUGUUGAAGCCGAAGUGGCGGUGAAUCGGGCCAACAUGUUGACCAGAAUUUUCAAGAUGACCGCACCGGCCGCGCAAGCCGACGUCAAUCUGCUGCACGCUUCCGUGCUUUCGAUGGUCGAAUUCGACGACGACAUUUUUGCCGCUGGCAAUUGUUUCGAUUGGAAUGAGCAUCCUUCGCAGUCGGGACUUUUCUGCCCGUUCGCCUAUCGUCUGCCAGCCCCACACCUGGGCGCAAUACUGGCCAAGGAUCUCUCCAUGGAAUAUCAUUAUCUCGGCAACACGUCCGAAUGGUUCUUUCAAGCGCGAAAAAACGCCGAAAAAGUGAUUAUCCGCAACGAGCAAUAUCUAAAAUCAUUCCAUCUUUACUCCAACAAAACCGAUGAGCGCGUUGAGGACGACACGCUGGCUGUAAAAUACGAGGACGGGCGCUGGUCCAAGCCUUACUAUGACUGCGGUGGUGGCAACAUUUGGAUGUUGACGUAUACGGUACCAUUUUUCGGCUACGAAAAUGGAACAUAUCAUUUCAAAGGGACUUCGGGCAUCGACAUCGACUUGAGGCGUGUGGAUAUCGAUCAAUGUCCGCAGCGCAACUCGCCGGGCACCACACAACCCCUCAACAUAUUCGCCGGCACCGACAAGUGCAAACAGCGCACAACAAUGUGUGAGGCUUUAAAAGGACUGGGCUUUCGCCGUGGUUCCUACAAAUGUGUCUGUCGCAAGGGCUAUUACUUUCCAGACACCAUGUCCUCACAAAAGUUCUUCAACGGCAGUCUGCUAGAGGAGGAGUACGAGAAGCUAAUGCUGGGCAGAAACUCCACCUACAACAUCAUCAACGAAUACGAGUGCCUGCCGUGCGCGGAGGGCUGCGAUUACUGCGAGGACGGCUCGCCUUGCAUUGCAGCGCUUAAUUGGCCGAUGCGUACGAGUAUUUUGGUGCUGGCUUGCACCGUCAUCGGUUUACUACCGCCGGCCGCGUGGUUCACAUUCCGCUAUCAACAAGUGAAGGUUGUUCGUGCCGCCAGUCCSGCUCUGCUGCGCGUCAUUGCCCUAGGCGCUUUCUUCAUCUAUUGCACAAAUAUUGUGAUGUACCCCAAUCCGAAUCUGUACACGUGCACGGCGCGAAUAUGGCUGCGCGAAAUCGGAUUCUCACUGACAUAUGGCGCUUUGAUGCUGAAAACGUGGCGCAUUUCGGUGAUAUUUCGUGUUCGUUCAGCAAAAGCGGUGAAAAUCACAGACGCAGCACUAUUGAAGCGGCUCGGCAUUAUUUGCGGUGUCAUUGGAACGUGCCUGUUGGUGCGUACUUUGGUGGCACCGCCCGAUGUUGUGGUUGGCCGCACUGCUGAUGAUCUGAAAGCAUUUUUAUGCAAAACGGAUUACUGGGAUUACACUUUCACAUCGAUGGAGGUGCUAUUUCUCGCCUGGGGUGUGCGCCUGUGCAUUAUGGUGCGGAAGGCGCCGUCCGAAUUCAACGAGAGCCGCUUCAUCUCCAUGGCCAUCUACAAUGAAUUCCUGCUGACCUGCUUCCUCAACGUCUCCAUGCUCUUCCUGCAAUCACCGGCUAAUCCUGACCUGCUCUACAUCAUUUUCUUCUGUCACACACAAUUGACGGUGACGCUUUUAUUGUGUUUAAUAUUCGGCAGCAAGGUUUACAUUGUGCUGCGCAGCGGCAAAUCGCAUCAGGAGACCAUCGGCAUGGGCGCCAAGUCCUCCGGCGCCAAAUUCAAUUUUCGUCCACAGGUGCGCACCUUUGCUAAUCCCAGCUCGGUUACCACCUCCACCGUGCCCGUCGCGGGCACAACGUCAGGCGACACAAAACUUUCGGAYCAGGAAGCACUUGAAGAAAUCCGACAACUGAGCGUGCAGCUACAGCGCAUACAAGAGAUGGCGCCGCCGAAAGGUGUUGCCGUUAUGACAAUCUCCAGUCUCUUAGACGGCCUUAAGACGCCAGGCGGUAUGAUUAUGGUCGCUGCCGCCGCUUCGCAGGCGGCCACAUCRAACAACCAACUAACCGUGCGCCCAUAUACGCCCGGCAGUAGUGGAGGAGGCGUAACUGCAAGCAGUGCCGGCGGUGGCGCUUUGCCAUUGCUCUCACUCAAUACUGAAAUGGAGAAGUACAAUCAACAGAUGCACACAACGCACAACAACAAUGUUACUGCAGCUUCACAACCGAAAGCACUAAUGCUGGAGGUGGAGACCAGCACGACCACAAUCGAGGAGUCCUUGUUGGCGCUGCGUGAAGACCGCGCCAUCAAUACAGACUUAACGCGGAGCGAGGACUUCCACCAGCAGGCGCUGGGCUGUGCGCAGGGGCACAUCAUUUGCACGCGUUGUUUGGUUAUUUCCAAAGAACACUAUUUCAGCUGCCGGCCAUUCACCCCGCCACAUGGCUCACUGGGUCGAGAUGAUGGUAGUGGGAAAAGACAACGGGGUGGCAAAAAUGAUGAUUGUAAAUAUAGUGGUGCCACUUGCCAACAGCUCGGUUCACCACAGCCGGAAGGCAGCAUCAGCUUUGCGAACAUAAAACUGGAAUGUAUGUGCUCGCAGCCUGAUUUGGACAUCGAUGUAGAAUCGGAUGUGCCACUGAGGCGGCGCAUCAAUGUACGCAGCGCGGCCACUAAUACACCACCUUCYACGAGAGGCAGCAGCAAGCGGCGCAGUGGCCGCACGAAAACGAGCAGCCCCAGCUUGCAGGAUAUGGGCAGUGAGAGCCUGGCAGCGGACGUGCGCUAUCGUAUAUGUGAUAAUUGUAAAAAUAAGUAUCGUAAUAGCAAUAAGUGUGGCGGUAGAAAGUUCCGUAAAAGUAUCAAGAAUGGACGAAACUCGUGCCAGCCGUCAKCCGCAGCAACCGCAGCAGCUACAAUAUUAAGAGCCGGCGAUGAACGUCAUUCACAAAAKCAAAGCUUAGCUGCACGAACUGGCGUCACUCAGACACGUAGUAAUGACCUGCUUGACCGCCAACAUGCGGCUGAUCUUACCAGCACCGCAGCGCCCGCGAGUCAAAGACAAAAGAUGCACUCCACGGACGACAUUAUCUUCUACACAACCACUGAUGAGAGCAGUACCAACAGCGAUGACACUUCAGAUUGCGAAGGCGCGUGCAUUCGGCUGCGAAAUCGGCAGCGCGAACUAGCUGUUCAGUCGACAUCUGUACUCAGCACUGUGGGUUGUGGGACGCUGCACAACGACGCAGUGGCAACUUCAGAAGACUCYAUGGCCGCAGCGUGUAUCGCGGCAGCGGCGAAUAUUAGCGCUAUGAGUGGAGAAGUUACCAGCCAUGCACACUCGAYGGUUGAUGUGCCGCACGAUUCAAAUGGCUCUGUUACAAACGAAGAAGCCAAGCCAAGCUCUGCAGCUGUUGAAGACAACAGCGCUCCAUCCAAUGGUGCUGGUGCUGGCCGCGCAAAGCGGCCCGACAAACUGAUACUCGAUCUGAACGAUCGCUCCAAGUACACAAAAGAGGUUUCCGUUUAGGUUAUUUUGGUUAGAAAUGUAGGUACUCUCAUGUAAAUCAUGUUGAAGAGCGAUUAGCUAGUCAGAUUUUGUACAUAGAAAAUACUAAAAAGUAGAAAGUUAAAAUAUUCUUAAAGAACUCAGUAGAAAUAAAAAAAUUAGAUGGAAAAGCAUGGGCCUGCAUAAAUGCAUAUGCACUCUGACGAUUUGAAAAGGUUUUACUACAUCUAUAAUAACGGUGUGCUGCUAAAGUAAGGGUGAGAGCAUGUUGAAUACUCAGUAGGCUUACUAAGCAUUAGUUAGGUUAAGAGACUAUUUAAGAGUGUGUAGCUAGAUUAUCAGCCAUUUAAUGGCUUUAUUUGUAUUAAAUUAUAAAGUUUGGGAAUUUCUAAAAUACUAUAUUACAUACUCAUAAGUGAUAUUGUAGUGAGGGUAUUUACCAUAGAUUUAUUAUUUAGGGACUACUUAAAGGUAAGUACGUUGCUUAAGCCUUGAGUUAUUUUCAGCUGAGCUUCAUCAUUUAUGCGCAACAAAGUGAGCUCUUAUGGCAGUGUAUCAGUUGAUGAUAAAAUCGCGUUAAUACGAGACUAUAUGCUAUAUUGGAGUAUAGAAUGAGCUUUUAUGCCAUUAAUCUUUCUUGUUUGGCCAUCUGAUAGGCUUUGACACUUUUUCCAUGUCAUUUGUGUCUAGCGUGGUAGAUUUUUCCUGACGCCUUUAUCGACAGUACUACUAUAGAACCACAUGAAGUUUACAAUUUCGCUAGUUGAGACCUAGUAAGUCCGAUAUGAAAGCAUAUACGUGAAACAAUGUGAAAAAACUACCGUAUAUUGAUAUUAAAUUCUGCGUAAUCGUGAUAUUUGGAAAGAGGAACUAUUUUAAGGCCAAAUAAAAUAUACUGAUUAUUUUUCUCAGUUGUUAGGAGUUACACUAAAAGGUUUUGUGAAAGUUGAGUUUUGUGGAUGCACAAACAUUAUAAGGAGGAAGCCUUAGGCUAUAAAGAAUUCCAGGAACACUCCGUCAAGGUUCCAUAUAAGAUUGKUUGUCGAGUUCAAAAUUCUACAUUUUUUCUCGUGCCUUUGUCUACAGGUCAAUAAAUAAACGUUUUCUUCCACAAAGUAUCAUAUUGGAGGAUAUCGCGUGAACAUGGCACAUGUUGCAAUAAGAACAUGCGCAAAUUUUUCCAUUAAGGUUAGUUGGCUGACGACGGUUCUCGAGAGAUUGCUUAUAUGUGAAGUUUUCUUGCAAGAAGCUUCUUAGAAUGUGAAUGUAAGUCAUUUGCAAACCUUCCUCAUUUCCAAACCUUCCUCCUUUUGCUCUCCGUUAGUAUAGUCCCCCUGAACACUAAACACUGGCUCCAASGAUCCUCCAAUCUGUUUAUCCCAUCCCUAAGGAGAAAAUGCAAAGUAAGCUUCAAGUUAUGAUCMCUUCAUUUGAUGAACAACGCUUGCCACGCAUAAAUUUUUCUAGUUCUGGAAACAAAUGGAAUUCGCUG